GCGCUGUUUGAUUUUGCUUUGCGAUUCUACCACUGAUGAUUCUACUUUGGUUUGCACAUCCGUAAAGAAGCCUACAAUAGCGUGGUUGCUUUGUUCUAGACGCUUCUUUGUGGCUUUUGAGUUCAUUCCGAUACUGUGCCGGUUCAGCGCCAGUCAAUAUCUGGAUUAGUUGCAUGAAAGCUGAAGUCAGUGAGUAAACGAGCAGUGAUCAGUGACAGAAAAAGCAAUAUAUCAUCGUUGCGGGGAAUCCCCAACGCCAAGUUCCAGCUUGGAAACCUCACGCCGUCGACACGUGUUCAGUAGCACUGCGUGGUUUCAACAGUCUAACGAUCUGUGAAUAAUUAUCCGAUUACCGACGAGUAAACAUGGAUACACCAGAUUAUCUAGAUUGCGUCAUGAUUUUCAAGAAUAUACAGGAAAGAGUCGAAAAAAUUACCGUUGAAGAAUUGCUUGCAACGUUGGCACCUUUGUGGUCGAUGUUCGAAGAGAUUUUGGGCACGCAUGAAAAAUCUGUGUCCAACUCAGAAGUGCUUCGUAAGCGGGGUAACGUUUUGUUCUCUUCUGGCGACUAUGAAAAUGCUGCAUUGGUUUAUGCUGCUAGUUUGAUGAAUGCACCUCCUCACUCGGAGAGUGCUGCUAUGGCUUAUGCUAACAGAUCUGCAGCUCUGAAUCAUUUGAAAAAAUACAAAGAAUGCAUCUUGGAUAUAGACAGGGCGCUGGAUCUUCCUUACCCAAAUAAUCUACGACCCAAAAUAAUAGAGCGCAAAGAAUAUGCCCUUGCUCAAAUCAAUGACGAGUCAGAAACAGAGACCACAGUGGAACAUGUCGAUGAUAUGAAAGUCGUUCAUGGCGAGAGCUCUGAGCUACCAGGUGCUAGUCGAGGCAUUGAUGUUGCAUACAAUCCUCAGGAGGGUCGAAAACUUAUUGCAAAGAUGCCGUUUCAGCCAGGUGAUAUCUUGGUUAUAGAAAAACCGUUCAUCUCAGUACGGUCACUGGUACAGAGUCCUAGGAAUUGUCACCACUGCUUGAAGUCAUGUAUGUCAGUUAUUCCAUGUGCCCAAUGCUGCGUCUAUGCUUAUUGCUCUGAGGAAUGUCGCGCAGAGGCAUAUGAUAAAUAUCACAGCAUUGAAUGCAAAAUAUUAGGUAAAAGGGGCAAUAGUUUCUUCAUAAACAAACACAGAGCAGCUUGUAAUCUGAGAUACCUCAUUAUACUGACUGAAGGAGGCAUUAAUCUUAAAGCUCUGAAUGAUGUGUUGGAGGAAAUUGAAAAAAACACAGAUCAUAUCCGACUUGGGUUCACAGGAGAACAGUUUAUCGGACACUCAACGAAAGGGUUCCUCAGCUUGCCUGGCAAACAAGAAAAAACUAACUGGCGAAUGAUGGUCGAGGCUGUGUUGCUAAUAAUGUUGUUGAAAAAUCGUACAAACUUUUUCAAGAGAAAUGACGAUAUACCGAUCGCUGCAAAACUAAUGAUUAAAAUAUACGCAAUCCAUGCUGCAAAUAUGCUUCCGAUACCAACUUCUGACGGUAAAUUCACAGCCGCCUGGGCAAUAUACCCGUUGAUCAGUUUGGCUAAACAUGCAUGUGUCAAUAAUACCAUUGUACAUGUAAAAAAUGAUGGCAGUAUGGUAUUACGUGCGUCGCAAUCAAUAAGACCUGGGGAGGAGAUACAGUGGAACUACUGUGACGUGAAGUUCCUUUUUCGCAUGGUGAACGUGAGAUCUGGUCAAGCGGUAGAAUGUAUACGCAUUUGCGACCGAUGUGACAAGAAGUUCGUGUAUCCGGCCGAAAGACAUCUAAUUGUUGAAAUGACAAAAAAAUUACGCGCCGCACUAGCAAAAAAUCCCUACGAGAUCAAUAUAUUGUGGAAACUCCUGGGUAUAGUGAGUGGAAGACACCAACGCUAUACUUUACAAGCACAAGUCGUCAAAAAAUUGUUGGUUGAUGCGUAUGAAGGGCGCUGCGAUUCCGUGGUUGCUUGUGAAGAGUUACGCAUGGCCGGCAUACUUUAAAGUACGGAUUCAUGGCUAUGCUCUGUAUUCCACCAUAACUUUUUUGAAAACAUCCAUAAAAAUAUUUUCUAAUUGGUAUGUCGUUUGAGCAAUACAUAAUAUUUUAUAUCCUUUAGACCAUAAAGGUCAGAAAAUUAAAAAGUGGCUGUAUGUAGAGUUUAAGUUGAUGGAUAAGAUAAAAUACGCAAGCCUAGUUUCAGCGUUGUUGGAUGGUUUUCAGUUUUUACUUUCGCCAACAUUUUUUUUCAAAGAACACACAUGCAGCGGGUUAUGAAAGUUCUUUUUAUACAGUGCUCUUACCCCGACGAUCUUCAGUGAAAUGUUAUCACGAAAAAAGAUUAGAAAUAAGUUCAUCAUCUUUUGUUAAGAAAUACUAUAUUUGAUCUUUCGUAUGUACUUACUCCUUUUGACAUGGGAUAUUUUAUCGAACGUUAUUUUACUCCAAAUAAACUGUCACUUUUAUGAAUA